AUGGCUCACCACCACGACCAUCAAAGAAAUCAGUGCAGCAGUCUCGAGGAAGGCCUUCAGGCCCAAAGAGAGGCGCAGGGCCUGGUGGGUGCACAGGCUCCUGGAGCUCAGGAGGAGGGGGUGGCUGCCUCCUCCUCUACUGUGAUCCCGGGAACCCUGGAGGAGCCUGCUGCUGCUGCAACACCGAGUCAGGGAGCCUCCUCCUUCCCCACUGGCCUGGCCUCCAAUCCAGGGCGACACUCCAAUGAAGGCUCCAGCAGCCAAGGAGAGGAGGGACCAAGCACCUCCCAGGACCCAGCAGUCCCGGCAUCUGUGCUGCAAGAGGCACUAGAAAAAGAGAUGUCUGAUUUGGUUCAUUUCCUCCUCCUCAAGUAUUGCUUGAAGGAGCUGAUCACCAAGUUGGAAAUGCUGAAUAUUGUCAUCAAAGAUUACCAAGAUCACUUCCCUGAGAUCUUCAUCAAAGCCUCCGAGUGCAUGCAGCUGGUCUUUGGCGUCGAUGUAAAGGAAGUGGAUCCUGCCGGCCACUCCUAUGUGCUUGUCACCGCCCUGGGCCUCACCUACAGUGAGGAGCUGAAUGAUAGACAGUGCUUUCCCAAGGCCGGCCUCCUGAUAGUCACCUUGGGUGUGAUUUUCUUGGAGGGCAACUGCGCCCGGGAGGAGGUCAUCUGGGAUGCACUGAGUAUGAUGGGGGUGUGUGCUGGGAUGGAGCAUUACAUCUACGGGGAGCCCCGGAAGGUCAUCACCCAGGAUUGGGUGCAGGAAGGGUACCUGGAGUACCGGCAGGUGCCCAACAGCGAUCCUGCAUGUUACGAGUUCCUGUGGGGUCCGAGGGCCCGUGCUGAAACCAGCAAGAUGAAAGUCCUGGAGUAUGUGGCCAAGUUCAAUCGGAGAGACCCCAGAUCCUUCCCUCCCCUGUAUGAAGAGGCUUUAAGAGAUGAGGAAGAGGGGGCGUGA